CGGACCGCAUCGAGCAGAUAUAGAUAGAUGCUCCGACCUACAUCUGGAGAGAUCUCGCUGUCAAGACAUUUUCACCAUACUUCUCCACACUCUUUUCUCUACUCCACCACCACCACUACCGCAUCGAAGACUGUUUGACGCUUCUGCAAAGAAGUCGACACUCUUCAGAUCUUCCAUGAUGCUGUCGAAUCCACUCCACCGAUUCUCGGCAUACAAUGCCUUGCCUUCGAGCAAUACCUACAACGGCGGGCAUUUGCCCUCCAAUCACAUGCACUCGGGCCUACAUACGCUUGCCGACGGAUCACAGUACGCGCUCCAGCAACUUCAACAGCACGUCGAUGUCCACCAAAAUGGCCAAGUGCACCGAAUUCAAAAUCAAAAGCACCGCCAACAUCCAUAUGGUCCUGGGCCCACGGGGCGAUCUGCAAGCAAUGGUUCCUCGGGACCUAUUCGCCGACGGAUCAGCAGAGCCUGCGAUCAGUGCAAUCAGCUCAGAACCAAAUGUGAUGGGCAAUCUCCGUGCGCCCACUGCGUCGAAUUCGGCCUGGGCUGCGAAUAUAUUCGGGAGCGGAAGAAGCGAGGAAAAGCCUCACGCAAAGACCUGGCACAACAAGCUGCCGCCGCAGCUGCCAAUGGACAAAAAUCACCCACUGGUCAAUCUUCAGAUGAACGCACGUCUCCUACAGAAUCACGGAACGAGGCGUCUUCUACAACUUCACUGCCAGCCGAGAAUGGUGAAUUCCGCCGGCCGCAAGCAUCCCGCUCUCUCAGCCUCAACACCACGGGCCUCGACAAGAACUCUGGUCGAGAUGCCAUGAAGGGAAGGCUACGAGCUGGUAGCCUCGAGAGCUUGUCGGAGCUCCCCAACGGACAUCAGCCUCACAACAUGAAUAGUCGCGCGGAAGCCGAUCAAAUCGAAAGCCCCGCGUCCCUGAAUCUCAACGGCUAUUCGAACAUGCAUGGCUACCGGCCCGCGAUGAAUCCCCACAUGAUGAAUGGCAAUGGUGGUCAUCCCAACUUCACUGCCGGUCAGGGGUCUUUACCCGCAUACGGCGAUCUCCCAUACGGCAUUCAAGCAUCCAGUCCUACGGGACAUUACCCGGGAAAUACUCCGGGUCCCUUUCGUUUAGGCGAUAGCCCUCUCCCUGGUUUCCCUAUGGGCUCUGAUGCUACAUCACCGGGAGGGUGGAUGUCGUUGCCCUCACCAUCAAACCAGUAUCAACAACACGUGACGAACCAGAACUACAACACCACGCUCCGCUACCCCGUACUGCAGCCCCUCAUCCCGCAUCUUGGCAACAUCAUCCCUUUAUCCCUGGCCUGUGACCUUAUGGACUUGUACUUUGCGAGUUCAUCGUCGGCAUUGAUGCAUCCGACGUCUCCGUACAUUCUCGGAUACGUGUUCAGAAAGCAAUCUAUCCUGCAUCCUACCAAGCCGAGACAAUGCACCCCAGCUUUGCUGGCCAGCAUGUUGUGGGUUGUUGCCCAGACAAGUGAUGCCGCCUUCUUGACAGCACCUCCAUCAUCACGUGGACGUAUCUGUCAGAAGCUGCUCGAGCUCACUGUGGGUCUGCUGAAGCCUCUCAUCCAUGGUCCUUCCACUGGCGAGUCAUCACCCAACUUCUCCAACACGGUCAUCAAUGGCGUAGCCUUAGGUGGCCUUGGUGUUGCCAUGAAUGGCUCUGUCAACCCGGAUGGACUCAAUGGAGAGACUGGCGCCUUUGGUGCUGCUGGAACACUGGACGACGUCGUGACCUACAUUCAUCUGGCCACUGUUGUCUCAGCCAGCGAGUACAAGGGUGCUAGUCUUCGAUGGUGGAACGCAGCUUGGUCACUGGCAAGAGAGCUUAAGCUCGGAAGAGAGUUGCCAGCGUCCAUGUCGUCCCAACAACAACCAAGCGAGGUCGUCAACGACCCCGACGCAGAAGGAGAAGCUGAUGAGGACCUGCCUACACCAGGUACCAUCACGGAGGAAGAGCGUGAGGAACGCCGGAGGAUUUGGUGGCUGGUGUAUACCGUCGAUCGCCACUUGGCCCUCUGUUAUAACAGACCUCUCUUCCUGUUAGACAUUGAGUGCGACGGUCUUCUCCAGCCAAUGGACGAUACAUUAUGGCAGGCUGGAGAAUACUACACCGGUGAUUCCAACAUUCAUAUUACUUCCCCGAGUGGUACUCCACGGAUUAGAAGAAGAGGACCUAAUUUUGAGUGUACCGGUCAUAGCAUAUUCGGAUAUUUCCUACCCCUCAUGACGAUCCUUGGCGAGAUCGUAGACCUCUACCACGCCAAGAACCACCCCCGAUUCGGCGUCGGCUUCAGAUCCGCCCAAGAAUGGGACGACCACGCCAGCGAAAUCGCUCGCCAACUCGACGCCUACGGUCAAAGCCUCAAAGACUUCGAGACUCGCAAUCUCAGUCCCCAAACCGAAGAACAGCAACAGCAGCAACAACAACAAUCCGAGAAAAACAACUCGAUGGAAGGAAUCACUUCCACGCAACAACCCGAGUCAACAGAGCAACAACACAACAUCGGAACCCCUUCCGUACACUCAGUCCAUACCGCCUCCUCCGCUCACAUCUCCGAAGCCGACAUCCAGACACGAAUCGUCGUAGCUUAUGGCACGCACGUAAUGCACGUUCUCCACAUCCUACUAACAGGGAAAUGGGACCCAAUCUCCCUCCUCGACGACAACGAUCUGUGGAUCUCCUCGCAAAGCUUCAUCAACGCCACAGGUCACGCUGUCAGCGCGGCAGAAGCCAUCAACAACAUCCUCGAGUACGAUCCUGGGUUGGAAUUCAUGCCUUUCUUCUUUGGCGUGUAUCUGCUACAAGGGAGCUUCUUGCUCUUGUUAAUAGCCGAUAAACUCCAAGUCGAAGCAUCACCCAGCGUCGUCAAAGCCUGCGAGACAAUAGUUCGUGCGCACGAAGCCUGCGUCGUGACGCUGAACACCGAGUACCAGCGCAAUUUCCGCAAAGUGAUGCGUUCAGCGCUCGCUCAAGUGCGGGGCCGUGUACCUGAGGAUUUCGGCGAGCAACAAUUACGGAGGAGAGAGGUGCUAGCGUUAUAUCGAUGGACGGGAGAUGGAACUGGACUUGCUCUAUAAUCUUUCUUCUUCUCGGAUUUUUUUUUUGGAGCGGCUUUCUUCGACUGGCUGGGAAAUGACAAUAGUAAAACAAUUUUAAUUCUUGGGGGGCGCUCGAAUCGGGUUGGGAUGGGAUUGGAUGGGGUAUAUAUGAGGGAUAUGAUCAUGAAAUGAU